UGGAGCGAUCGCAGAGCUGCUGGAGAUGACGCACACGACCCAGCUCCCGCAAAAAGUGUUUCAAGACGAACAUGGCGGCAACUUAAUGCAGGACCAAGAUGACUGUGGCGAUCGUGAGAGAAGAUCCAAGGCAAUUUGCCCAGAUACGGACGAGGGAAAGCAGCUGGCUCCAACGCGAGGACCUCGCCUUCUCAUAACAAAAUCUGGGAAUCGACGGAAGGGUGCAGGCGGCGGGUUUGCAACAGCUGGUCUAUGGGAGAGAUAGAGAGCGCGCGGCCCCGAGGAGAGGAAGGGAGAGAGGGAUGCUGUCACUGAGAAGUAGGUUUUUCUCCGAAGAGCCAUGGGAAAAGGGGAUAUGACAAUUCAUGGCUUGAUCUCUGCAAAAGCGCUAACUUGAUCGGGCAUAACGGAAUCGACACGGAACACGUCAAGACGGGGAAUACGGACAAAUCCAUCGUAUAAGAGGGAGAAAUAACACGAGACAAUCCCCAAGUCAAUGCAUAUUGUGGCAAAGGAGCCGUCGCGGUGGAGUCGGCCAGUGCUGCCAGCGCUUUCCUAAAAUAUGACCAGAGGUGCUCGGACGUGUCGGCAGCAAGAUGACGGCUUAAACAUCUGGUUUGCACCCCGAGAGAACGAGAAGCCAUUCACCGACUCCGAGAGGGCCCAGAGAUGGCGAUUGUCUUUGGCCUCUCUGCUUUUCAUAACCGUCCUGCUCUCUAAUCACUUGUGGUUCUGCGCCGAGGCCAAACUGACCAGGACCCGAGACAAGCGACAGGAGGAGAGUUCAGACUCCAUGGACACGAAAGAAUACACUAACCAUUCACAUUCACCACCAAGCUCUCAUCACUCUUAUAGCGGCCUCACCGCGACAAAUAAAGAUGCUAUUUUUAUAGGGAAUUCUACCCCACCUUUGUGGCGACUUGAAACUUGUCACCCCGACAGCGUUUCCAAAAACUGCUUCACUUUCCUGGACGCGAAAGCCGUUUGUAGCGGCCUCUCGGAAGAGGGGGGGACGCGGUCGGCCGAGUGGAAUCUGAGUGAUUUAUACCUUUCUUUUUGUAAUUCGUACUCUCUUUUGGAUUUGUUUAGCGGAUUUUCCCGUCAGGACAGUUUGAACUGCAGUAUGGCGGUGGCCGGUGACCCAGCAGGUUGCAAGCGGUGCUUGCAGGCUUUUCAACUCUCCGACCAGCAAGCUCAGGAGAAUUACGAAGAGUUUGAGCUUCUCAUUCACAAAUAUGAAACGGAUGUAUAUUCGGUGCGGACAUGCAUGGAAGAAUGCAAGACUGUCUACAAACCCUGGCUGUGCUCCCAGUACUUCCAGACGACACAGAUGCACUGCAGCAACAAGAUCCCCUGCAGGCAAUACUGCCUGGAGGUGCAGCAGAGGUGUCCGUUCAUAUUGCCAGACAACGAUGAUCUCAUUCACGGAGGGAGCCCUAGUUUCAGAUGCCCAGGGCUGUCGAAGAAUCAGCAUACCCAAUCUGAGACAGAGUGCUGUGACGUGCGAUGGAUCAUCCACUCAGACAACAGCUCCGUGGGGACGUUGAAAAGAAGCCACCCAUCGUGUCAGCACAGGAACUCUCUGAGCUCCUCGGCAGCCUCCAGACUGUGCAACAGCAGGCUCAAACUCUGCCUGCUGGUCCUGGUCCUCCUCCAUACGGUCGCCACUCUCACCGCAUCCCAUAAUGCCACCGGCCUGAGCCUCCCGACAAUCUCGCCUCUGGACGAGAACUCCAACGCCAACGAAGAGUGACGCGUGCCUCGCUGGCCAUAAAAGAACUCGCAGUCGGCACGUCGGCACCGUCGGCACCCUGGUCAGCAAUUGUCGGGGGCGAGCGUGUCAUGCACCCGCAAUGCUUUCUGGGACAUGUAGUGCAGGGGGGGCAGAAGAUGACAUGCAAACAAUCAAACAAAACAAACAGACCCUUAAAUAAGACAAAAAACUCAAAACGGACAAACACUUAAAAAAUGAUAAGAACAAGGGACAACACCACAGCCUGGAAGAAAAGGCCACUCUAGAGCUGAGUUUCUCUCACACACCUUUCUUUUUGUUGUUUUUGUCUUUUCUAUGAACAGUGUGUCAGUACAACUUUGAUUUUGUUGCACUAGAUAGGAAAAAAAGUAUUUAUUUGGUUUCUCUUCUUUUUUGUAUGUGCACAAAAAGGGAAACUUGGGACACCUAACAAGUUACACGUGUGUGUGGCAGGAACUGGAACUGAAUGUGUGCAUAUUUGUGUGAGUGUGUCUGUGUGCAUGUGUUUGUUUGGGUGCCCACAAGGUUCCAUUUUGUUUGCAUUCCUUAUCAUGAAUCAGAAUAGUCAAACAUGGCUGGUCUGUCAAUACCGAAUAUGAUGUCGUCUUUUUAUAAAUAUAUUCCCAAAUCUCAAAGCCACUUAAGGAAGAAAAAAACAUUCAGAAUUCUCUUUCUAAUCCGAACCAACGACAAGCUUAUCCACCUUUGGAGCCUCGCAAUGGAUGCAUGUGUAAGCAAAUAUGUGUCAUUGUGAUGUCACUUCCUGCUCUGCAGCAUCAAGCAUCAGGAAGCUGAAAUAAGCAAGGCGGUCAGAAUCUUCAUACUUAUGUUUUAGCCCUUUAGAAACAUUCUUAAAGAUAAAAUAUAUAUAUAUAUGUAUUCUCUCUUCUAUAGUUGCAUGUUAUUAUGUCAAUGUUUAGAAAAACCAUGGCCUUGAUUCUUUUGAUAAUCCCUAUGAUAUUCAGACGGCAGUUGUGAGGCCGUCUACUGGAACUGAAAACAACGGAACUUUCCAGAAGCAGUAAAGCUUGUCGAUUCUCUGUGUGAAGUCUGAAGUCAACGCUUAACACCCCCUGAGACAUGACAGAACAGCACCACGCUCUUUUCCCCCUCUAUCCCUUACAUGGCAUCGCGUAAAGGGCUUAUUGAUCAUUUACACACCGUCACACGCUCACAAACACACACAUCCCACACUUAGUUGUAGAUGCAUAUUGUUGUUUGGUUGGGUUGUUCAUGUAUGUAUGUAAAUAUAUAAAUAUCUCAGAUGACACUUUGUGCUUUAGGGUGUCAUGGAGAACAGGCAAGUCACCAGGCCCAAUCAUUUACCCGCUGUGUGAGGAGGGACCGACGGUCGCGAGACGUGUUAGCCGUUAGCACAUUAGCCAUAGUGCUAACUCGAAAGAUUAGUUGGAAAGAGACGCUUAAGGGCUGAUCUUUUAACUUUCAUUUGAUCCUGUACCUUUGCUUUUCCUCGUUCUGUUUUCCUUUUCCUCUACGGGUGAGCUCCGCCAAGGGGCGACGAACAUGGGCAUAUGUAGGUGGACAGAGAUCGGUUUUACUUGCUGAUGAGAGAGGAAAGAAAAAAUAAAAGCAUGGAGCAAAAAGUCUCGUCAAGACCUAUUGCAUUCCAGGGGUGUCCUUUGUGGCUGUGCAGAUUUCUUAAAGCAGGGCAGCUCCAUGCCAAACUAGUGUUUCAAACCAGCAGCAGGCAGAGGAGAGAGUGAGUGAGACAGAGAAAGAGAGUCUACCUCUAUCUCUGAGUGCGGAAGAGGUUUACGCGCUGACGCAACGCUCAGACAAAACGGAGACAUUCCUUUGGUGAGCGUAUUACUAUACUGGAAACCGACACAAGCUAUGUUUUCAACGGACUUCUCUGUCAGACAACACAUAAAAACUCAAACGUUUUAUAGCCUACUAUGAGGUAAUAUGAUGGUCUCUCUUGUUUUAGACUGCAGUACAACUAGCUUAAUGCACCUAUCCUUUUGCUAUGGAUGGGUUCAGAAUACAUUAUGUUACAUGUAUGGAUCACUUCCCAUGGGAUUAACAUGGGCAUCAUUAUGAUUUUACUUUUAAUUGUAAAGCCCACAUUUAUGGCUGUGUUCAUGUAUUCUUUAUCCUAUUUCCUUUUUCAGUGGCUUCUGUUUACCUUCUCACUAUUCCAGUGUGUCUUAAGUCCGUCAUCUACCUCCACGUUGCCAUCUGCCCGUUGCCAUUGCAGGUCUACACUGGUCUCUGAAGCCACUGUCCACAAGCCAAGUGGACCACACACACCAUUGGAGUGGUCACCCUGCUUAUUCAUACUGUGUCCUUUAGGAGCCUCCGAGUAGCCUUGUUUUAUCCAUUUGGUCAGAGAGGCCAAGAAAGGGUUUUGACUAGCUUAUAGCGAAGCACAUUCAAUUCCACUAUGACAACAAGAGGGCACUUGUAAAAUAGCUGGAAAUGAGUAGAUAAGCAGACCACAGAGGGGUGUUAGGGUUCAUUCAUUGAAAGAGGGCCCACUGCACUGAGCUCUACCACAAGUACAACCAAAUCAAAAUCGUGUAACCAAGGAAGCUUAGUAACCAGAUAAACAACAGACAGAAGGUGUUUGUCUAUGUUACAAAAAUCAUCUAUCCAACUUUAAUUGGGUAAUCUUUUGUCAAAUCUCAUCUCAAUCAAGAUAUCACAAGAAGCACACCUACACUGAUGAUCCUACCUCUUAUUGUUUUAUAGUUGUACUUAGUGUAAGCCAGCAUCAAAAUCAAACACAGAGAAGAUGAGGAGCUUCUUCACAGACAGUCUGACACGCUUUGUGUGAGCAGACAGGGAAACAGACCUGAAACCAUGAACAUACACACAUACAGUAAUUAACCAAGAUUGUAUUCACACAGGCAGAUUGUAGGCCAGAGGGAUUGUAUUACAGAUAUGCAGUAAAGAGGAGUGCCAGGCUAGUGCAAGUCUUGUGUAGAUUUAUGAGAGCUCCUCCUCAUUUAAGCAAGCUUUUAGGUAAACCUUGCUAAUACAAGCGCGCUGUUAUAAUACCACCACUUCACUCACUCAGACCCAAACUCCACACACACACAUGCACACAAGAAACAUCCACUCAUUAGUUUCUGUCAAAGACUGAGGAGUAGGGCAUUGUGAGACACAACGGUAGACACUUCUGGUUGCUGCUCAUAAACUGAAACACAAAAUCUUGUCUGCACAAACAGUUUGAUGCAUAACAUAGUUAUGAAAAUCCCUGGAGUUAGAUUCUACAAAUACUAUCCAUAAACUCCCUGGGUAGAAGAUAAACUGGGUAAAAGAUCAAAUCUACUAUUGCAUUGUUAAUAUUACAUUUUGACCAGCUGUUAGCUCUUGUGGUUCACUGAAAAAUUAUGAAGCAUCACACUCAAAACUUGCUUUGGGCCAUCUGCAUUCUAGCUGGCUGUCUGAAUUAAACUUGUAAAACAAGUUAAUUUAAACAUGAACAUGAUUAACAGGGUGUUUACCUUAACAGUUUUUGAAGACAUGUAAGUCCUUUGUCAAAGACUAUCAAAAUGACUUACCACCAUAGCAUCAACACACACGCCAAACUUAUGAUGCCACCUAUUGGCUGACUGUGUUGUAUUUCAGUUUUAGCAUUGCCUCAUGAAUGUUUGCAUUAUAUGUCAGAUCGAACCAGUCACUUAUACCAACUGCACAGAGAGUACCAACCAGUACCAACUCAACAGCAAAGUCCCCCAUUUCUCCUCCAAGCCACUAAGGUCUUUGAGCUGUGUGAGUGUUUGCUUGUGUGUGUGUGAGAGAGAGUAUAUUUCCUUUGCCUGUAGACUAUGAAAACAGCGGUGUAAAUUAGAUCACCUCACAUGAUCUUUUACCACGCCAGGAGAAAUAACUAUAUUCACACGCAUACUAUUCUUUUCUCUCCAAACCUGUAGACCUAUGCAGCCCAGAACUUCUGUUCUCUGUUUGUCUGAUUGUUUGUUUCUUCUUUUGUAAAUAUGUCAUGAGAAUGAGGUCACCUCCCGUUUUGGGGUUAUCUCGUGUUACGAGUCAUUAUUAUCAUUGUUAUUAUUCAUAUUAUUAUUAUUUUGUACUGUUAACGUCUGAUAUCAUCAACUGGAGUUCCUGUUGAGGUCUAUGAGAGUAAUGUGAUGUAGUCAAGCAUUAGGACUAUCCUCUGGAUCACAACCUCACUGAGAAGAAAAAGGCUGUGAUGGUGUAUAAG